AUGGAGAAAAACGGGGGAGAAGAUUGGAGGGAUAUGGUGCGGAAGAUGCUUCCCCCGGGGGCUUCCAUUCCCGAUGACGAUAAAUUGGAUUACUCCAUAGCCAUGGAAUAUAAUGGCCCUCCAAUUUCAUAUGAGCUUCCCAGUGUAAAACCCCUUGAUGUGAAUUCAGAUGCUAUUCCAACUGCUGAACCUGUUUCAGAAUCUACGAUAUCAUUGUCUCGUGAUAUGGCCCCUGUAAUGGAACCAAUUUCUUUGCCGCUUUCUCGUAUUGCAGGUGUCACAAGUCCACCUAAUCAAAGUCCUAGGAUGUCAGGAAGUUCUGUAUCUGAGGUUUCUGUCUUACAAAAUGCUGAUUUUUCUUCCCCUUCACCUUCAGCUUCCCCAGGGUCGGUGCACAAUCCUGAUAUUAACUCUUCAAAAGAGCCUGCCAAUAGAGGAAGAAGAGCAACAUUGGUCACUUUUAAUACUGUUAAUAGAUCAGAAAGGAGAGUGGUAGAUGUAGAACAACAAGUGUUUCCGGAGUUUAUUUCUAUGACCAAAGAAAAGAAGAAGAGGAAGAAAACAAGAGUGUGUUAUAGGUGUGGAAAGGGAAAGUGGGAGACCAAGGAGUCAUGCUUAGCUUGUGAUGCAAAGUAUUGCAGCAGCUGUGUGCUUAGAGUAAUGGGUUCGAUGCCAGAAGGGCGCAAAUGUGUGACGUGCAUUGGUGAGCCGAUUGACGAGUUGAAACGAUUCAAAUUGGGUAAACAUUCAAGGGUAUUGUCACGAUUACUUAGUCCUUUGGAGGUAAAAAAUAUAAUGAAAUCAGAGAAAGAAUGUUCUGCUAAUCAGCUUCGACCAGAGCAGCUGAUCGUUAAUGGAUACCCCUUAAAACAAGAAGAGAUGGCAGAACUUUUUGGAUGCCCUUUACCUCCUUGGAAAUUGAAGCCAGGAAGAUAUUGGUAUGACAAGGAAUCAGGUCUCUGGGGAAAGGAGGGAGAAAAACCAGAUAGAAUUAUAAGUUCGAACAUAAACUUCACAGGGAAACUUAGUCCACAUGCAAGCAACGGGAACACUGAGGUUUACAUGAAUGGUCGACAAAUUACAAAACUUGAACUGAGAGUGCUGAAGCUCGCGAAGGUGCAAUGUCCUCGUGAUACCCAUUUCUGGGUAUAUGAUGAUGGUCGAUAUGAGGAGGAAGGACAAAACAAUAUCAGAGGAAAUAUAUGGGAAAAGGCAUCUACGCGUUUUGUCUGCUCCUUGUUCUCUCUGCCUGUACCCCAAGGUCAGCCUCAUGGACAGAGGGACGAGACUAGCAAUUAUUCUACUGUACCUAAUUAUCUAGAGCAGAAAAAAAUUCAGAAGCUUCUUCUGCUAGGACUACAAGGUUCUGGGACCAGCACUAUUUUCAAACAGGCCAAAAUUUUGUAUGGCAACAAGUUUACUACUGAAGAAUUGCAGGAUAUUAAGCUCAUGAUACAGAGCAAUAUAUACAGGUAUCUCAGUAUUCUACUUGAUGGGCGGGAACGCUUUGAGGAGGAGGCCUUGUCAAAGACAAAAGAAGAAGAUUCUCAUGAAAAAAUCUGUGAAACAGGUCGAGCAAACGGAAGUACUCAAUGUGUCUAUUUCCUCAAUCCGAGGUUGAAGAAUUUUUCUGACUGGCUGCUGGAUAUCAUUGCCACUGGAGAUUUGGAUGCAUUCUUCCCUGCUGCUACACGCGAAUAUGCUCCGCUCGUUGAAGAAGUGUGGAGAGAUCCUGCUAUACAGGAGACCUAUAGGAGAAAAGAUGAGCUCCACUUCCUACCAGAUGUCGCAGAAUACUUCUUGAGCAGGGCGGUUGAGAUAUCAAGUAAUGAAUAUGAGCCAUCUGAUCGGGACAUAUUAUACUGCGAAGGGGUCACACAAGGGAAUGGUUUGGCUAUUAUGGAGUUCUCCCUGGAUUAUCAUAGCCCAAUGUCUGAGACAUACUCACAAAAUAUGGAAUCUGCUCCCCCAUCAUUGUCCAGGUAUCAACUUAUUCGAGUAAAUGCCAAAGGAAUGACUGAAGGAUGCAAGUGGUUGGAGAUGUUCGAAGAUGUUCGUGCGGUAGUCUUCUGUAUUGCCCUGAGUGAUUAUGAUGAGGUGUGGCUUUCUCCGGAAAAUACUGGUAGCGGAGUCCUACUUCAAAAUAAGAUGAUUCAAAGUAGAGAACUCUUUGAAACAAUGAUCAGGCACCCUUGUUUCAAAGAUACCCCUUUUGUGUUGAUUUUGAACAAGUACGAUCUUUUUGAGGAGAAAAUUAACAGCGUGCCUUUGAGUACUUGUGAAUGGUUCACAGAUUUCAGUCCCGUCCGAACCCACCACAACAACCAAUCCUUGGCACACCAAGCUUAUUUCUAUAUAGCUAUGAAGUUUAAGGACCUCUUUGCUUCUCUCACUGGUCAAAAGCUCUUUGUUUGGCAAUCUCGGGCGAGAGACAGAGCUACAGUCGAUGAGGCAUUUAAGUACGUAAAGGAAGUCGUGAAGUGGGAUGACGAGAAGGAAGAUAACUAUUAUGGUGGUCAGGAUGACUCAUUUUACAGUACCACUGAAUUGAACUCCUCACCAAUUAUCCAUCAAGAAUAA